CCUGACUCUCAUUAGCUUUUGGAGAAGUCCUUAGCCUAGGGGUUCAAAUACUUUUUCGACCCUGCACUGUGAAUGUUUACACAGUGAGAUGAAGAUCAGAUCACGUCACACACCAAAUGCAGAACUCCAGGGCAAGAAGCACACGGCUGUCACACACUCAGUCAGACCAACAAGCAGUCAGCCAGACAGGUCUUCGGUCAGCCUGUAUCCGUACUCGGCGUCGCUCCGACAGUGAUUGAACUCGGCAGUCACAGCGGUCCCAGACAGGCUUGGGAAUCGAACCAGCAACUAGCAGAAAGGGGUAUUACAAGUCACCACUUCUAAUAUGAUGGCUGUCACGGCGAGGGCAGUGGUCUUUCUGUGUCUCUGCUUGUCUGUGUGUCAGAUCAGAGGCUUUCAAAUCCCUCUGAAGAUGAACAAAACCAUCCAGAACCUCCUGCAGCACUAUAAAAUUCCUCCUAAAGAGAGAUUUAACGGGAAACCUGUCUUCACCAGGGAACCACUGACUGACAAAAUUGAGGCAAAGAUGGUGUUUAUGGGUGGCGUUUUGGACACGUAUGAAAAGCUGAUUAGCCACAUGUUGAAGCAGCUGCCCACCCCAAGUCCCCAGGAAGCCGGGACUCACCCCGCCUCCGCUGUUACCCCCACCGCUGGCGGUGAUGCUGAGGUGGGAGAUGGCGGAGAUAUCAGGGCGGAGCUGAGCUACAUCCUGAAGAAGGUCCAGGAUCUGAAGCUAAAAGGCUACCGUGAGCAGGAGAAGCUUCUGCGGGGACUGCAGGCUCUCAAACACAUCCAGAUGGAUAACUUUGUCAUCCAGAGCAAAGCAUUGUGGGAGCUGCCGUGGCUGUACGAGGAGGCGAGCACACUGACCGAAAACAUCAGGAUGGAGAGGAGGCGCCGACGCCGGCAAGCGCGGAGGGCCAAAACUCAUCUGAGAGUCUAGAACACGCGCAAGAUGUCAACAAUGACAGUAACAAAACAAAGUGCAAAAGACAAAACAGUAAAACACAGACACAGGAUAUUUAAUGACAGACGUAAAAGUGACAAUACAACAUGUGAAAUAUAUCCAUAUUUAAACCAGCAUACCAAGUUAUUUUUCUGUUUUUAGAGGUUAUCAAAGAGAUUAUUUCAUAGAUAUUUAUUACAUUGACAUUUUAUUUACUAUUACAGCAGUCUAAGCCUAAUAAAUAUGGUCAUUUUGUAAUAUAUAGAGAUAGAUAUAGAUAUAUUUUUUAUGGAAGUUCGGUGCUCGAUACUUGAAGAGUGGCGGUUUGAUUCUGGGAAAUUUUUGUCACUGCAAGAUCUGGGCAGCUGAUAACUAACUGUAUUCAACAUGGAGUUUCACUCACUUCAUCAAUCACAGAAUUUUUUAAAAUCACCUGGAAAUACUUGAUAUCUUGAUAUUUACCUAUUCUAUAACGGCAGAUGAUUUAACGCCCAGAAAAUCAACCAGACAGAUUUAUAAUAUCUUUAAUUAUCAGCAGCUCAGGUUUAAAAUUAAGUUUAAUUACUUGAAUGGCAAAUCACAUGUGAUCUUGUCUUGAAAAAUGUUUUUUCUAUUUUAGCAUUUCUCAAAAUUAAUAAAAAAGAUCAAUCAGAAAAGAAAAAGUAUGAACUUGUGAUGUCAAACUCCCCCUCGAUACACUCUGAUUGGGAGGAGGUGGAGAGGUGGGGGAAGAAAUUCAUGUUUUCACAUAUGAUAUUUACAGUAUUUCACCUUUUAAAAAAAAAAAAAGUAUCACAUGUGAAAGGCAUCCUACAUAAGGAAUUGUUGGUUUCCCUUUGUACAUUGCAUUUGACUUUUCAUCAAUGAUGCAGAAGUUUUGAUAAAUGAUAAAUAUUGAACUGUCACUCCAUGAACCCCCCACCAACAUCACCACUGUACCGCCUAAAUUAACUUAUGAUGAUGAUGAUGAUGUUUACAGUACAAAGCACACCAGAGUUUAAUGCUGAUGUACUUAAAUGUACCACAAGUCCUUUGAACAUUCAGGUACAGGAACUCGGCAGCUGUGGUAGUACUAUACUCUUUAGGGAUUUUUGUAUUUUCCUAAAAUGUUGUAAUUUUUCUAUAUUUAUUUUUGUAUUUAACAUGUCUAUUUAAUAUUGAGUGAUGUGACUGACUUUUGUUAAUUUAUUGUGUAUUUAUUGAUUGGCACAUGGAGACAAACGAAACUGAAUAAAACAGAAUGAACUUAA